AUGUGUGAACAACUUGAAACGAAAGUUUUUACAUCUUUUGUAAAUUUGAAAAUGCUGGAAUUGAAAGAAUCGUAUAAAGAAAAGGGAAUAAUUGAAAAGUUCGUCCAUUAUCAUGAUGAUGAAGACUUAAAUUUAUUAGAAAUACAUAAAGCAAAAAGAGUCGUUAAUAAUCCUGAGACUGUCGAGACCAAAACAACUAGUAUCUGGAAUAAAUUUAAAGAGGAAUUUAAUAAAUAUCUGGGGUACAGUCCUGGAAAUAAGUAUCCGACCCCUCCCCGCGAGUAUAUAGUAAAGGAAGAAAGAAAGAAGUGA